AUGCCACCAGGAAAGAAGACAAAAAAGCCGAAACAACAAACCUUGGAGGCUGCUUUAGGCCAACCAAGAGUCAAACCGCCCACGAUCAAGAAAAUAUCUACCCGCAGCAGUGGGAAAGUAAAAAAACCAGAAGAUUCAGCGUCAGCGGCUGGCAGCUCCCCAGCCGCACCAACCACCACGGCCACAACGAUGACACCCACGCCGACACGACAGCGACAACGGGAGGACAUAUCCCCCGACCGGCAACUCCCCGCCUCCUCAGCGGUUUUCAUACCCAAAAUCUCCACGGCCGAGGCCAAGAAGCGUACGAUUGUCAUCGACGACUCCGACUCGGCUUCCGAGGCGGAGGAGUAUGGUGGAGCCGCGUUUGAGUAUGAUGACUUGCCUGUGUUUUCUUCGCAGGCUGUGGUGACGGUAACUCAUAACCCCCGCGCUACUGGUGGCUCUGCUUCUGGUGCUCAGAAAGCUCAGAAGGAGGUUAUUGUGCUGGAUGAGGAGGAUGAAGAGGAUGGCAUGCCGUUGUUGACUCAGCGUACUAGAGGUGUGAAGAGGCAGAUAACGGUUUUGACGGAUGGUGAGGAGGAUGGGGAUGGAGAUGGGGAUGAGGGGAAGAUUGAGGGGAAUGGCAAGGGAAAGAAUGCAGAUGAGGAAGAUGAUGACUCGGACUCUGACAGAAUUUUGUCGUCGGCGGUUAGGAGAAGGACGACGAGACGCGGUGGAGAGAAGUUGGAGUCGAGCCCGGCUAAGAAGCGACGGCUGAUUAGGAAGGGAAAUCCAUCUUCGGCGAGCUCGGCUAAGGGGGAAGAGGAGUCUGAUACAUCUGAGGCAAAGAAAGAUGAGGAGAAGGAUGAGGAGGAUAAGAAGCCUCGUCGUUUGGGCAAGGGCAGACAAAAGGCCGCUACCGGUACAGGCCCUGGCUCAUCUGCUGCUACAUCGUCGACGGAAUCACAACCCGUUAGAGCCAAACGUCGUGCCAAAAAGCCCAUGACGGAGAAGGAGAAGGCGAGAGAGCUGCUGAGGCGCAAACGGGCGGGCGAGCCUAUCGACGACUUGGAGAAUGAGGAGGAAGAUGAGGAAUCGGAAGUCGAGCUGCCUAAGAGGGGCUACUACGACACGGAUUCUGAUAAUCCCGCUCUUUCAGAGUUCGAAGAUGAGGAAACGGACGAGGAAGAGGCCGUCAAGGGGGGGAAGGAAAAUAAAGGGAAGGGAAAGAAGGAGACGAAGGAUAAGAAGACCAACAAAAAAGACAAGAAGGGCAAGAAGCGAAGAGAGAUCUCUCCCGACUCGGAGGAUACCGGAGACAACGACGAACGAAAGGGCAACGCGGGUGGUUCCUACGAGGACGAAGAGAUGCAGGAUUUCAUCUCUGAAGACGACUCCGACGCCCCCAUCGGCGCGCCUGAUGAGGUUGGUAUCCCGCUUGAGUUCACCAGACACGCGCAUAAGCCGCUCAAGGAACACUUCCGUGACGUCGUCGAGUGGCUGGUCCAUUACAAAGUCCACCUCAACUUCCCGGAGAAGACUGCCGGGCUGUACAGACUCGGCUGGAGGAAGCUCGAUGACGAGGUCCGUGGCUUGGCCCAGAGCAAGUUCGCUUCGUCAGCGUGGAAGACGGACUUUUACAUGGCGUUGAGGGCCCGACCUUAUUACACUAGUGGUGAGACGCAUGAGCAGAGUCUCUUUUCCAGUAACUGCGCGGCGUGCGGAAGGAGUGGACAUCCUGCCAAAUUCGAAAUCACCUUCUCCGGUUCCCCCUACUACAAAGAUUUCUCCCAUCCCAAAUUCCUCGAACCCGUCCCCGGCAACACCUCCCCCUCUCCAUCCCCUGACGACGAAGGUGACGACCCCGACGAGUACGACGCCGACGGCAACACCAUCCCCGCCGCCUCUCGAACAUGGAAGAUUGGCUCCGUGUGCCACUCCAACGCCGAGACGGCGCACAACCUGCUGCACUGGCAGUACGCCUUGCUCGACUGGGUCGACACCCGUCUAUCGGAAGACGGACACCUGGCCGCUGCUGCUGCUAUCGCCAAGAAGCGGGAAGGUGAAACCAAGGAGCAGCGUAAGAAGAGAACAACAAAAAAGAAGUACAAGCUAGUCGCUAAAGUUGUGGAGGAGUGGGAGGCGAAUGGCACGGUUAAGGCGCUGUUUAGGGAGUUUAAGAAUAUGUUGGAGGGGGCGAGGAAUAAGAGCACUGCGGGCCCGAGGGCGCAGAAGGGGUGGGCGAGGUGA